CAGUCCAUCGGGAACCUUCAUCAAAAUUACAUCAUUUUCAACAAGUUGUUACUAUUGUUAAUUUGUUUAUCAUUUAUAUCUAUAGAUCUAUACAAUAGACCUGUUUUUUAUUUUUUAUAAAAAUUUUUUUUAAUUUUUAAGUGAAUAUUUAAUCACAUUUUAAAUGAUGUGGAGAAUUCUCAUUGCUGGAUUUUUUACGGUAACACUAGCUCAAGAUUACGAGGUAUCGGAUAUUCAGUGUAGCUCUACAACAGCUACAACGGAUCUUCUUACUGCUAAAAUAAAACGUCCGGUUGGAUUUAAAGGUUCACCGCUCUUCGCUGAUGACCGCGCUGCUGAUCCUCUGACUGAUAUUCAAUGCCAAAUACGGCCCGAUCCAAAUGAUUCAUUAGAAGAUAAUUACUUUUUAAAAGUCACUGAUUUUUCACGUUGUGGAAUACUAAAAAGAAAUGGGUUUAUUCACCUGAGAAUUUGGUUUCCGGCUUUUCCUGGAGUCGUCAUGUUGGCAGAUCAAGAAUUAAUUUUAAUGUGUAGACCACCGGAACCAACGCUUUUGAGACAUAAAGCUGCAGGUUUUGCUGGAACAUUCCCUCAUGGUGCACGAGUAUCAGGUAUUGUAGAGGAAACACCCGGACGUUUAGAGUAUGAAGUAGCUUUAUAUCGCGAAGCAGUUGGAAAUACUUCUGAAAGUUCAAUUGGUUCUGAAACAGUAGAUCAAGCUGUUCCAAUCGGGACAAAGCUUCAAUUACGUGCUCGAAUAAGUGCCGAAAGUGCUUGGGGAUAUAUUAAAUUAAUUGAAGUGACAGUGAGUCCUGAUCCAGAUCAACCAAAUGCACCUGGUAGUGUUAUUCUUGUUAAAGACGGCUGUAGAAAUCGUGAUUUCGCAUCAAUAAUUCCCCAUCAACCAGCACGCUAUCGCGAUAGAAAAAAUGAAGUAUUUCUUGACUUUGAAGCCUUUCUCUUGAGCUCAAUGCGUGAAAGAUCAACUUUGUGGAUUCAUUCACAGAUAAAAGCUUGCAUAGAGCCUCAUGAUUGUCAACCAGACUUUUGUUUGGAUCUUUUUGAGCCGUCUGGUCAUGGAAAACGUAAACGUAGAGCAUCUGGUUCAAUUGAAGAAAUGUUAAAGACAAAUGAACCGAAAGUUGAACGUUUAAUUAAAAAUUAUAAUGACUCCACGCAAUUUACUAAGAUUAAAGAAAAUAUUGAAUAUACUGUCAUGAUGCCAAGUGAUCUUUAUGAUAAAGUUGCCCUAGGCUUAGAAGGAAAUUGUGGGAAUUUCCUUUACAUUGCUACUGGCCUUGGAGUAUUACUCAUGUUUUCAGUAUUUAUAAUGUGUUAUCUUGUUUCUCGGUUACACAACGUAGCCACUAAUGUGCCUCAAAAUAAAUCCAUCGAUGAAUUAAUCAGAGAGCGUUCAAGAAAAUAUUGUGAUCCUGCACCUGGAUAUACUGGUCGUACGACUAUGCAAUAAAAAAAAUUUUUUAGUAGGAUUUUUCUUCUCAUAAUUCAUUUAUCGUGUGGUAUUAUUACAUUGUCAUCCAGAAUUACUUCAUUUAUCACAAAUCAUAAUCAUCAAUCAUUUUUUAUCGAUAAUCUACAUACUUUUAUUUAAAGAAAUUAAAUUCUCUUUUGUAAGAGAUGUGCAAAGCUAUGACGUGACCUGAAGAAACAAGAAUUGCGACGUUUUUUUUUGCUCAUCAAAUAUUGCGUAUAAUUUAUAACUGUAUUAUUUUUCUGUGGAAUAGGGCGUGGUAACUUAUUAAAUGGACUGAGUGGUUUGGGGUAAAUUAUUACUUUGUAUAUAGGUACAAAAAUAUAUUUAUAUAAUUUAUAUAUUUAGGUAUAUAAUGAAUUGAUAUAUUUUUUAAUACCAUUGACAAUUUUCAUAAUUAUUUUCUUUUGUUAGUGAAUUUAAUUUUAAGUUGAGUUAUCACUAUAAAAUAAUUUUUUAUAUUGGAAACUGUCAAAGGUUAUUAAAAAAAUAAAAAAUUGAAUAAAUAAUUAGCAUAAUUAACAUAUAUUUUAUCUGACUGAUAUGAUAUUUAUUAAAUAGAAAUUAAAUUUAAACAAUAUAUAUAAAUAUAUAUACUGAGUGUUCUUAAAAUUAUAAAAAUAAAACAUUAACCUUGAUUGGCCUUCACAUGUCUUUGGUAUUUUUUUGUUUAUGUUAACUUGUAUACUUCGUAAGUGAAUACUUAAAAGAAUCAUGUAACAAAAAAUAAAAAUUUAUUCUGACACGUAUGGCGCAUAAAUUUUUAUUAUAAAGUGAAAAUUUUUUUUGUUCUGUAAAACAAUCAAACUUAAAUUUUAUUUUAUUAAAUAGAUAUGAUUAACAAUAAUACAUUUUUAAUAAUCUAAAGUCUUUUAAAAUUCUUAAAGCGUCAUCAUAGGCUACUUUAAAAGAGUGAGUCUG